AUGGCUUUCGAUCCGACUAACGUCAAUCUCUCCACGGCCAGCAAGGAAGAUGUCCUCUGCUACUUUGCCAUCUCUGAGAAUGACUACAAUGGUCAUCUCGGGGCUCGCAUCUCUUCCAUCUUUGUGAUUCUCUUUGUGUCCUCUGCAUUCACGGUCUUCCCCGUUCUGUCCAAGCGUAUGCCGACCUGGAAGAUCCCCCAGAGUGUCUACCUCUUUGCCCGGUACUUCGGCACCGGUGUGAUUGUUGCCACAGCCUUUGUGCAUCUCCUCGAUCCUGCCUAUAAACGGAUUGGCCCGAAGACCUGUGUCGGACAAUCCGGAUAUUGGAGCGAGUACUCAUGGUGUGCUGCCAUUGUCCUCGUCUCAAUCGUCGUGAUUUUCUUGCUCGACCUGGCGGCGGAAGUGUAUGUCGAACACAAGUACGGCGUUCACCGGGACGAAGAAGCUACCAAUGUCUUCCUCCAAGAUUCCAAUGCCCCGACCCCAGCUCCAGGUCCAGCCCCGACCGAGAAAGAGGUCGCGACAUGGACUACAGAAGAUGACACUGUAAUGGCUGAGCGCUCAUUCCGACAACAGAUUGCAGCCUUCCUCCUCCUGGAGUUCGGCAUCAUCUUCCACUCCGUCAUCAUCGGCCUGAACCUGGGCGUGACAGGCUCCGAGUUCGCCACCCUCUACCCUGUUCUUGUCUUCCAUCAAUCCUUCGAAGGAUUGGGUAUCGGCGCCCGCAUGUCAGCCAUUCCAUUUGGCAAACAUACCUGGCUCCCCUGGAUUCUGUGUGCCGCCUACGGAUUGACCACUCCUGUCUCGAUUGCGAUCGGACUAGGUGUUCGCACGACCUAUACCCCCGGAUCGAAAGUGUCGUUGAUCAUUCAAGGAGUCCUGAAUGCGAUUUCGGCUGGAAUUCUGAUCUACACGAGUUUGGUCGAGCUCCUGGCGCGCGACUUCUUGUUCGAUCCGUGUCGGACCAAGCGACGAUCCAAGUUGUUGUUCAUGGUUGGAUGUACCUUGUUAGGUGCUGGAAUUAUGGCGCUCAUCGGCAAAUGGGCCUAA